AUGCGAUUCCUGAUCCUUCUUACCUUAUUCUCUACUGUCAUUUCCGCUCCCCAACUUUUGAGCGAAGAAGAGUUUCCAUUCAGCACAGAUGUGAGUUGAAAGGCUAAAAAACUAAGCGACAUCGAACGGUUUUUUGUUCAGAACUUUCCGACAUUUCUGGACGAAGCAAAUUCUAGUUCCGCCGAAGAAAAAGAUGAACUUGCUCUGAGCUGUAUUUUUUUCGAAUAAGAAUGUUUAGUUUUAUCUGUUGCUGUUUCAGAUGCCGAUCAAGCGGAGACGUUGAAGAAAAGGCUGAAAAUGAAAAGUAUGUUCAAUGCGAACGGUCCGCCAGCAAUUGGGUCGAAUCUAUUCUCCAAUGCCGCUGUUGAGGAGAACACAAAAAGUAAGGAAUUCAUGUUGACGCUUCAUUCUGAAAUCAGUCUUUUCAGAACUUUCAUAUGAAGGCUCGGGAGCUGCAAUUGAAGAGAACUCUGAAAAAUCAGCGGAAGUUUUGACGACUUCUUCUACUUCCGCCGGAACUACGAUCGAUUAUUUCUCUUCUGCCAAUAACUCGUCAAUGGAGGAUUCAUUUGUGGAGGCAUCAUCCAACUCAAGCAUUUUGUAUGAUCAGAACACAAGUGACGCUGAAGUGGAAACGAUUUCCGACACGGUCUAUCAAAAAAACCAAGCUGCUGCAGUUCUCCAAGCCUCUGAGGAUGAUGAUGACAACAAAGUCGAUGAGGAAAAUGCUGUGGAAGUAUCAAAUGUGAAGACAGUUUUGGAUAUUGGAGAUAAUGAUGCGAAUGAAACUAGUAAGCGUUGAAUUGCCUGAAAAGCAUCGAAGUUCUUUGUUUCAGCUUCAAAAAUUUCGUGCCCGUCACCUCCAAUGUGCGGGAAAAACUGUUUUGUGACUAUCAACGAGAAAGGCUGCCAAGAUUGUCAAUGUUUGUGGAUUGCAGCAGGUAUCAAAAAAGCAUAAACGUUUCUCUAAUGUUUGAUUUCAGAUUGCGACACCGACAAAGAUUGUUACGAGAAAAACCAAUAUUGCGACCUGGGUAAAUGCAAUUGUCAGCCUGGAUAUCAACAGAAUAUGAGAAAGUCUGGAGUGUGUGAAGUGGAUCCAUUUGUCAAAAAGAGCACUGAAUACGGACCUCCAGAAACAGAGAGUAAUGAUUUGGAAGAGAACGCAAAUGUAAGACUCCUGAAACUGCAACGGCAUAAAUAACUUGAGAGUAAUCUUCAGAAUCUGCAAGAAUUAAGACGGAAUAAGAGAAACUCAAAACCGAGAAGGUCGGAACGACUCGAGUGGCCAGGUAGAUUGCGGCUGUGGUGACGGAUAUCUACGCACGUAUUCUGUUGUACAUUGUGACGAAUGAACAUCUAUGCAUGGUACCUUCUUGGUUGUUCUUUUCUCCGGUGAAAGUAUUGUUUUAUUGAAUGACUCGCAUGAAAUAUAUUAUUAUCGAAUCAAUGCACGCAAACUCACAGACUUUGUCAACAGAAUAGGCAUUUGAGGUGUUUGUGAUAAGAAUGAACAGUGUCCGGAGAAUCUAGUCUGUAUUCACGGAGACUGUUGGAGUAUUCCAGAGAGGAAAAACUCAAAACCGACAGAAAUUAUAAUAUCCAGAAAUACAGGUAAAAAUUAACAAAUAGAACGGACGUCUUCCAAAUAACAUUGUCUUUAAGAAGAUGAAAACACGAAAAAAAUAUCGUUUGAUACGGAUGAGAUCAGAACUUCGAGGCCGAAUGAAGAGAUAGUCCCGAGCAUCACAGUGGUACCGGAUAUCAUCCCAACGGAUAUCCCCAGACGGUUUUUCAAUACUGAAUUUCGAAUAUAAAUUUCUUUUUAUCUUUUAGAGGAAUCUCCCGUUUUGUUUCUGUUGAUUUUGCAAAGCAACUUCAGAGAACCACUGCAAAGGUGAAGAAAUAUGAUUGGUUCCCUCCCACAACUACAAUUGCAACAGUGACGUCACCGUUCACAAGCACAACAGACCGUAAGGAGUAAGAAGGAAAACAAAGCGAAAAUUGGAAAAUUCAGAUGUGCCUCCAAUCACUGUCGAUCAGUUUUUCAUGAUUGAAACGACAGUCGCUCCACCGCCGACUCCAUCACCAACAACUGAGAAAAAAGUUUUCAAUGAUCACAAAAUGGAGUACAUGAAAGAAAGGUAUUACCAAUGACUGUGAUGCUCUAAUUCUCAAACUUUGAUACUUCAGGAAGCCCAAUUUUCUCGGAGUGAAAGAGGAAGUGCAUGACAUGGAUUACCCAAUCUCUUUGCAAUCGCACAUUAAGAAAAUUCAUCUAGAAAUGGUAAGAUUUUCAGUUAGUAAUCUCUUCUGAACUGAUUUGUUGUCAGCCUCCUUCUCUUCUUCCUCUUCGAUCGAACCAUAAAAGACUGAGAACUACAACGUCGAUCCCCGACGAUGCGUCUGAAAUUGAAGAUUUGAGGUUUUAGAAUAUCAAUUUCAGCUAAUCUUUUUGUUUUCAGUGGAGUAGACGAGAUAGAGUUUCCGAUCUCGUCAAAAAUCAAAAAUGGCUUCAUGAAACCACGAGCGCUAAGCGCCGAGCCUACAAGAGAAGAGCUGAAAGACCAUAAAAGUUUGAUUGAACUGUUCAACUCUCACGCACUCAAAAACGAGGAAGAAACUAAUACUGUCAAGCCAAGUUUCCAAAUUCUCCAAAGCUUCAACAAUCCCGAACCACUUCCAGAUAUUCAAGUUUCGCUUGCAACAGAAGGUGAAAUUGCUCAAAAUUCGCCCAAAAUCUCGUGGUUUGCAGAUCCAACAACCAAAUUCUCUCCCAUUCCCGAUUUGCACUUGGAAGAGACGCGUACUUACGCACCAAAGCCGUACAUAAUCCAAAAACGUAAUUUUGAAAGAAUCGCGCCAUUAAGCAAUAUCAGCGGUGAUAUGGCGUCGGACGAUCCUCCCGAAACGACUCCAGAGUCAGCACCGUUUAGACAACAUCGGAUGGGAGUGUGGUAUCCGAUGAAGAAAGGAGACAUACCACAUCUGGGAAUAUUCAGCGGAGAGUUCAGGUGAACUACUAGUUACAGACCUCUCGAAACACUUUAGUUCAGAAGGUCACCACGGAAGAAAAUCAAAACUCCAGACGAUCUAAGACUCUAUAAUGAGUACACGAAAGCGAACAGACAGAACAGGCCAAUAAGGAUCGAAAUGGAUAACGCAGCCGGUAUCCUUUGUUUUUUGAUUUCAUUUUUCUUAAAGUUUCGGUUGCAGAUUACGUUCGAAAUGAAUGCCAAGAGGAUAAAAAUUGCGGGAGCAGGACCGUUUGCUGCUCUAAGAAAUGGUGCGAUCGAACGAACAAUUGUGGAGUCGGAAAGUUCUGUCUUCCGAGUUGUGACUCCACAAAACUCACGUUCCUUCCGUUUUCCAACCAUGCCGAAAGCGUUAUUGAUAUCAUGUACGAUUAG